UUUGAUUAAAACUACAAAAAUAAACAUUACAAUGAUAGAAUCAUCUGCAUGGAAUCCAAAAAGGGAUGAAACCAUAUAUAAGGCAGCAGGUUCAAUACAUUUACGGAAAUAUGGACAAUUUUUCGAAAAUUUAGCAGAAAAAACCUGGAAAAAUGAUUCUCUAUUGGAAUAUUUUAUGGAAGGUCCUCUUCGGCUUGUAUACAGACCUAACGAAGAUAUUAGCCUUAUAUAUUUAACUGAAAUGGAGAACAAAUUCUUAUCAAAAUUACUUGCUGCAGUUGCUGGCACCUGCAGAGAAAUUAGACUACUCGAAAUGGAAGCUAAAACCUUUUACAAAAAAUUAUUUACUCAUGGGGAAAAAAGUGCAGAGAAUAAUCAUAAUAAUAUUACAUCUCUUCUGGCAGAUCUACAAGAUUUGCUUGUUUUUGUAAAUAGAGUGUGGACAGUGGCACAUUUGACAACAGAACAAUUAUCUAGUCUAUCGGGUGAUCCUAAUGAAGUUUAUUUAGCUGUAUUAAUAGAGCAUUUUAUUGAUUUAUUUGUAAUUGUUUUAACACUGGAUGAAAUUGUUGAAUAUCAGCCAUCACUUUUGGAACAAUGGAAAAAAUAUAGAAUGAAUGUGCGUUCUAUUAUGCAUAAUCCAUCACAAUUUGGCAUAAGUGAAUCAAAGCUACAUACAUUUGAUAAGUUAUUGAAAGAUUUGCAAGAACAUUUAUUAAAGAAAGUUUUAUUUACAAAAACAAUUGAACAUGUAAUGGAUGUAAAUAAAGGACCUACAAUGAGCGAACAAAUUACGCAUUACUUAAAGAACUUAAGUUUGGACAUAGAAAAUAAACCAAAUGAUAAUGUAAUAUUGAACAAAAAUUGGAUUAGAGUGAAUAUUGGUAUUGUUAUAAUAACAAAAUUAUUUGGUGUCUGUGAUAGAAGAUUAAUUAAAAGAGUACUUGAAAGUAAUAGAAAGUUUUAUGCUAUAACUUUAAUUGGAAAUGUUAUGUGGAUUCCAAGUAAAUUUUUAAGUGAUUUUUUGCCAAAGGAAGCUGGCAAUACCAUUAAUCAACAAGUAGGAGAAAAGAUAUUGUGCUCAAGAAUACAGAAACUAUCGCAGACUGUAAACAAUUUAGUUCAUAGAGCAGUAACAUGGUGCAUUGAAAUGCAAAGUAUUUUGAUGAAGAAUAGCCUUCAAGUCUCAGAUAUUAGGCAAAAACAGUUUCUAUUAAUAGACUUUGUUGCUCUAUUAUCACAAAUUAAAGAAAUUAUAUCUUUUAUAAUGAAUAUGCAUGCAACUCUAAUUAAACCAAUGAAUUAUAACACUGUUCAGUUAAUCUGUAGAUUAAUAGAAGUACAAAAGUCUUUGCAGACUAUAUUUUAUAUAUUGGGACCAGUUAUAGUGCAAUCACAAAGUCAAGUAUUACAAUAUGUGAGUUAUUACAUUUUAGUUACAUUAGAAACUACACGGAAAAGUUUGAUUCAGAAGGAUAAAGGUUAUAGCAAAGAAAAAUUAGAUGCAUUGUCAUUAGUAGGUUUGAGUAUGAGAUUAUUAAGUGGACCAGCAAGUGCAGAUAGAAGAUUAAUAGUCAGAUGUGCUCUAGCAUGUGCUAGUCAAUUGUCAGAUGCUUUUAAAGAAGAGGAUAUAGUGAAAUUAAGGUUUUCAUUAGAUCAUUAUGAUACUGUUGCUGAGUUGCAUAAUAUUAUUACAGAACACUGUGAUUAUUCAAUAUUGCUCCAUCACCAAAACAUAAUUCCAGCUUACUUCUUUUCUGUAGCAAAUAGUAAUUUAAGUAUAAACCAUAUUGUUCACUUGUUUAAUGCAUUUAACAGUACUAUUAGUGAACAAGAAGGAUUGAAUUUAAAAGAGAAAAGAAUUACACAACUAAAAGAAAUGUUAACUAAAAGCAUAUUACAACCUGUGUGUCAUGAGAUUGAGACUAAUUUGAGGCUUCAUGUUCAUGCACAUUUAAAGCUAGAUUCUACCAAUCCAUUUGAUAUUGGAGUAAAAGAUGGUGGAAGAAUAGUACGAUCGUUACCAUUACCUCUAGCUAACAUUAUGAUAUAUGCCAAACGAUUUAUUGAACAUUAUCUUGAUGAUAUGUUUUAUAGUCUUACUACAGUAGCAUUGCAUGAUUGGAAAACAUAUCGAAUGAUGCAUGCUUUGGCUCAUUAUAAAUUAAAUCUUGAUACUGUACAAAAUCAUUUGCCUACACAAACUUUAGAACAAGGUUUGGAUGCUUUAGAAAUUAUGAGAAACAUUCAUGUAUUUGUUUCCAAAUAUCUGUAUAAUUUAAAUACUCAGACCUUUAUUGAACAUACUAGUAAUAAUAAAUAUCUAAAUACCAUUGGAAUUCGACAUAUAGCGAAUUCUAUCAGAACACAUGGAACUGGCAUUAUGAGUACAACAGUUAACUUUGUGUACCAAUUUCUUCGUCUAAAAUUACACACAUUUUCACAAUUUCUUUUUGAUGAACACAUAAAAUCAAGAUUAAUGAGAGAUAUAAGGUUUAUUAAAGUUCAAAGAGAAAAUGGAACAACACCUUAUACAUAUGAACGAGCAGAAAAAUUUCAAAAAGGAAUCAGAAAAUUGGGUAUGACACCUGAUGGUUUGAGUUAUUUAGAUCAAUUUCGACAAUUAAUAACUCAGAUUGGAAAUGCAUUAGGAUAUGUACGAUUAAUUAGAUCUGGUGGAUUACACGCAAGUGCAAAUGCUAUUUCAUUUCUGCCAAACAUUAAUUCAUCUAUGCCAUUUGAAUUGAUGUGUAAAAAUUUAAAUUAUAGUGCAACAACUCAAGCAGCAGCAAAAUGUUUAGAAAACGAUAUUGCAAACUUAGUACGAAACUUUACAGAGGGUAUACAAUAUUUCAAACUUCUUGUUGAUGUAUUUGCAUCUGCUUUUCGAGAUACUAAAUCAUAUCAUUUACAACAAUUUUAUGCUAUUGUACCUCCAUUAACGUUAAGUUUUGUGGAUAAUUCAAUAUCAAAUAAAGAGAAAAUGUUUAAGAAAAAUCAAACAGGUGCAGCUUUUACUGAUGAUGGUUUUGCAAUGGGAAUUGCAUACAUAAAUGCUCUUUUAAAUCAGUCAUCAGAGCUGGAUAGUUUACAUUGGUUUAAAACAGUUGAACAACAUAUAAAUGCUGAAAAGCAGACUGUAGAAAGUAAAAAUGAUCAUGGAGAUGAAAAAUUGCAACAAACAAGAGCAUUAACAUUAAAACGCUUAAAAGAAAGAAGUGCUGAAUUCCAAUUACUCUAUUAUAGUUUAUCCGGAGCUAGAGUGUUCUUUAAACAGACUGAUACAUAA